CAGCACCUGCCCUGGGCAGCCUCUCUGAGAACAUGAGCCUCCUUCUUCCCCUCCUGCUGCUCUUUCUCCUGUGCUCCAGAGCAGAUGCUGAGGAGAUCAUCGGGGGAACAGAGUGCAAGCCACACUCCCGCCCCUACAUGGCCCACUUGCAAAUUGUCACUCCUCGGGGUUACAUUGCAUCUUGUGGUGGUUUCCUGAUAAGGCGGGACUUUGUGAUGACAGCUGCUCACUGUGCUGGAAGUUCUAUUACGGUCACCCUUGGAGUUCAUAACAUACAAAGGAAAGAAGACACAUGGCAAAAGUUUAAGGUUGUAAAGCAAUUCCCUCAUCCAAAAUAUGAUGACCAUCUUAUUCACAACGACAUCAUGUUACUAAAGCUGGAGGAGAAAGCCAACCUAACCCUGGCUGUGGGGACGCUCCCCCUCCCACCACGAUUCAGCUUUGUCUUACCUGGGAGAGUGUGCCGGGUGGCUGGCUGGGGAAGAACAGGUGUGGUGGAGCCAGGCUCAGACACUCUGCAAGAAGUGAAGCUGAGACUUAUGGAGCCCCAGGCCUGCAAAAACUUCGAAGAUUUUGACCACAAUCGCCAGCUAUGUGUGGGCAAUCCCAGGAAGAAAAAAUCUGCAUUUAAGGGAGACUCUGGAGGCCCUCUUCUGUGUGCUGGGGUGGCUCAGGGCAUUGUGUCCUAUGGUCGAGGGGAUGCAAAGCCCCCUGCUGUCUUCACCCGAAUCUCCUAUUACCGACCCUGGAUCAACCAGGUCUUGAAGAACAAUUAACCCUGAACCAGCCUUCGAGGGAAUCUGGGACUAGACCAUAGCAGGGACACUGUAACACUCUGCCCUGCCUCUGGCUCCUGCUGAGCCCUGUCACAUUCAUGAGUCUCUGUCAGGUUUCUACAAGUCACAGAGGUCUCAGCAAACCUCAAUAAAAACCCAAUCUCCAGA